AUGAUAGUUGAUGGUAAAUUUGAGAAAAUGGAAAAUGACGAUAGUUAUGAUGAGUUGAGGACUCAGAAAGGAGUGAUGAACUUGUUGAAUGUUGAGAGUGUGCCAGGCGGCUACCAUGGACUAAAUUAUCACUCUGGUCAAUGUUUUCCCACUCUCACUCUUACUCUUUCUUACCACAACCUCCCUCUCUCGUUCCGCUUUCUCUCUAUAUAUAUUAACCUCUUCACAUUCCAACCGACAUCCGCUUUUUUCUCUCACAUCCACAUGGAAGUCGUGGUUCCGAUGGCUGCUCCUCCUCCUGCAGUGGCGGCGGAAUUCAACUUCGACAGCAACUGCUCCUCCCCUUACAUAACUGCCCCUUCAAGCCCUCAACGCUUCGGCAACUUCUUCUUCAGCGCUCCCACAAGCCCCACCAGAAUCUCCACCUUCAUCAACAAUAAUAUUCCUUCUUCUUCUUCUCUUAUUCACGACCACCAUCAACAUGAACAUGAAUUUCAAUUCGAUUUCAGCGGCCACCUCCAACCACCUUCCCUCUCCGCUGACGAACUCUUCGACGGCGGAAAGAUCCGCCCCUUUGAGCCACAAUCCGGACUCAUCGCUUCGAGUAGCAAACCGCUUUCGGCGCACCGCAAGAGCGAAAGCUUCGAUCCUGCAACUACCGCCAUGGAAGACGAAGAUCAAAAACCACCUACGCGAGGAAGAGAGAAGAGAGCUUUCUCUGGUAGAAAAGGAAGUAGAUCACUAUCUCCAUUAAGAGUCUCAGACAUCAUCAACAACAAUAACAGCAACGAAGAAAGAGCAGUUCCUUCUUCUUCAUCAUCAUCAUCAAGAAACAACACAAAAGCUUCAUAUGCAUCGUUCUUAUCUUCAAUCUCAUUCACGAGAGGGUACCGAAAAUGGAGGCUGAAGGAUUUUCUUCUCUUCAGGAGCGCCUCGGAAGGAAGAGCCACCGAUAAAGACCCUCUGAGAAGGAAGUACGAGGUUCUGUCCAAGAAAGCCGCCGCCGUGGACGAUGACGUCAGAAACUCCAGUUUCCGGUCCAGUGACGGUUCGGUUUCGAAACGGAGAGGACCGGUUUCGGCCCACGAGAUUCAUUACACAGCGAACCGGGCCGCCUCUGAGGAGAUGAAGAAGAGGACUCUCUUGCCUUAUAAGACUGGCUUGUUAGGCUGCUUGGGCUUCAAUCCAACUGGCAUGCAUGAAAUUUCUAGAGGAAUGGGAUCUUUCACACGUUCCUAAAUUGUUUCUUCAAUCUUAUUAUUCAAAUAACAUACUCUCUUUCUUUUUCUUUUCUUCCCUUUUUGCCCCCUUGUCAUGCAAUUUGGUCCUUGUGGUGGUUUAGUUUUUGAGUAAACGUCUUUUCUUGUUUCUGAUUAUUUGUCUGAAGAUAAAACGUUCUUUUACUGUUUAAAAAUCUCUAAUUAGUCUCUAAUUUUUAAGUUAUUAGUCUAGAUAACAUUUGUAGACUGUGAUCGCUUCAAUCAGUUUUUGUAUGAUUUGGGCGUUAUAAUCUAUUUGGAAUUUUCGAAUUAUAAAAUAGGACUUUGUUGUUGGGGAAAAUAUUCAGAGAGUAAAAAAAGUCAUUUAUUUUUAAGUUUUUUAAUUCUGAGUUCAUGUUUUGUCUUUGCUAUUUACAAGAGGCUUAAAUUUGUAUGCAAAUAAUUUCUCAG